AUGAUUACAGAUUAUUAUCAUGUCAAGAAAAAUGAUAUGCGAUUCGAAAACGAUUCCAGCUUUAGUUAGAGUCAGAAUAAUGAUGAUAUGAAAGCAGAAUAGACAAAUCUUAAUAAGUUAUUCACUGAAAAGGACUUAAAGAAUGAAAUUAAGAAGGAAGAAUAAUUGAGGCUUGAGAUUGAAUAAGGUAUAGCAUAGUUUAAGAAUUCAGAGAUUUAAAAAAAUACUUUUGACACUAUUCCAUCACAAAUAAGCAAGGAACUGACUAAGCCUGAAAUUUCAAUUCUUUAACAGUAGAAUUCCCUAUUUGAGAAUCCCAUGAUAUCGACAGUUCAAAUGACCACAACUUCUCCUAAUAUCCCUAUAUCAACUAUUACUAAUUCAUAAGGUGCUUCAACGAGCGACUUCUUAUCUGACUUUUUACGAUCUACUCAACAAUACAGGAAGUAGUUGCAAAAGAACAAUUUAAACUUUCACAAUACUAUUUCGUUCGAUAAAUCUCUAAAUAAAAACCUUGGUGGGAGUGGACCGAAUAUUUCGAAUUUCUAUAGUUUAAGUAGUCAUCUUAAAUAACCCAAAGAUAUAAUUCUGGAAAAGACAUUAAAAUAUAAGGUCAGUUCUCCUGAUGAUAUGAGAUAACAAUCUUUGAUGGCUUAAAGUGUUAUGGAUUAUGAUAAGGAAACUUAAUAGAGGAUGUUUGAUAUAAGAUCAAGACAUUAAUAGUCAAGAGAUAUAUCUUAUAAAAUAGAUGCAGCGAGAUCAAAACAUGAUGAAAAUCUAAGAAAAUCAAUGAUUAAAGAUACCAUAGUUGAGAGCUCAAUCGAUAACUUAAAGAACUUAAGCGAAGAAGAAAGAGUGAAAUUGCUGGGAAUAAUAGAAAAGAAAUUGCCAGAGGACUUGAAAACUAUUGAUAAACUAAUCAAUGAUAGAAACUUACUGAUUACUGAUAUUAAGGAAAACAUAGUAGAAUUUUAGAUUAUGAGGCCGAGCAGAUAAACUUAGAGCAACUUUUUUUCCUCAUUCAAUAAAGGGUUCAGAAAAUAGUAAUCAACUUCUCAAUUGAGAUCUAAUGGUUAGGAUCUAUCUAUGCCAAGUAUAAUGACAAUGCCUCAUAUCAAAGGAAAUAGUGUACUUAGAAAUAUGUCAAGAGCAAGCAGUACUUUUAAUAUCAACAUUAACACUAAUAAUUAUAUCAUGCAGCAGCCCCCAAUGUCUGCAACUUCAACUACACUAGAAUAAUUAAGUUUAUAAACAAAUAUAGGAAGAGAUUUAGUGUAAGAAAGACUAAGAACUGGAAAAAAUAUUUUAGAAAUUCCCGAAAAUAGGAAAGAAUUCUUAUUAGGGCACCCAUAAUCCAGGAAAUAAGCAGAAUCGUUAAAGUAAUGGUUUGAAGACAUGCUUUAGAAAUUAGAAAAAGAAGAUAUUUCCAAAGACAAGAAAAGUGAUUUAAAGAUGAAUGUGUAUCAUGCUACUUUUCUUGAGGUUGCUCGAUAAGUUUAACUUAAAAAGAUUAAGGAGGAAAAAGAUGAAAUGGAGAGGAAGUUAAGGGAUGAGAUGGAUGAUCAAAAUUUGUUUUACUUAGAUUAACUCAAGAGAAAAAAUGCUGAAAUAGAUAGACAAAAUUAAAUCAUUGAGGACUUGAAGAAUAAACUGCAACAAAAAAAUAGAGAGCUAGAAGAGCAAAAGGUAGAAACAGAGAGAUGGAAACUAAAAUGCGAGAAGAUAAUGGGCAAAUACAAGGAAAGUAAAUUCAAGCUUAUGAUGGCGGAUGCGAAAGGUAAGCAAGAUUACACCUAAACACCUAGAAAUAAGGUUGUUAAUGCACCUAGACUGGAUUUCACUCAGCUGAUGUCAGAAACUAAUCUUAAGCUUUUUGAGUAGCAAAGCGACGGUAAUUCAAAAAGCAAGAAGUAAAGUCAUAGAGAUAUUGAUAUUAUACUCAGUCCAGAUCAUGAAGAGGCAAGCGCUAGUAAUUUAGGUUUGUCUAAACCAAGUGACGCAAAUCUAUAGGUAGCUAAGAGAAAGCCAAGAAAUAGAAAAGAUUUAAUGCCUUCCAAUUUAGUCUCGCCAAGAGUUAAACCUGCACACAAUAUAAUGAUGUGUGACAAGUAAACAGACACAAAUGAUUAUAGAGAUCUAUAUACUAGGGACAGGCUAUGCUAGACUGUUGGAGUUGGUCAUAUGAUUUCAAAUCAAACUGAAGAAGAAUAUAAGUCAAGAAAUCACGAGAGAAAGGAAUCUUUUAUGGCAAAUGUGAGUUUUGAGCAGGAUAUCGAUAAUAUUCUGAUAAGUGAGACAAAAAUAUUCGAAGAGUAGCAAAGAUAGAACAUUGACAAUGCAGAAGAACUUAAAAGACAAGCAGAUGAAAGAGCAUCAAAACUUUAGAAUAGAUUAAAGGAAUUAUAAGAUAAAGGAGAAGAGAGUCAGAAAGAACUGGAAAAAAUAACAUAAUUAGAAAAAGCAUAAUUCCAAUAAAGAAAUGAACCACUUAAGACAUAGCAAACAGUAUCAGGAGAUGAAAUUGAUAUUAAUAAGAAUAGAACUAUGCAAUCUUUUGCAUCUGGAUUAAAGGCAGGACUAAUGCAAAAGGUUAUCAAUAAACUGAAAGAAAACUUCAAAUAAAAAGAAGUUCUAAUCAAGUAAUUAAUAGAGGAGAACAAAGAUUUAUUUAUGUAGCUGGAUAUUGAAAAGGCAAAGUUUAAUUAACUUGUGAAAUACAAAGAUUAAGAUCAGAGUUAGCUCUUAGAUUUGCAACAAAAAUAUGAAGAUGUAGUAAAAGAUUUAAAAAAAGCUAAAACACGACAUAAUUACUAUAAGGAUCUAUUGCAUGAGCUAAGUGAUUUAUAAGAAGUGAAACAGAAGCUAAACAUGUCAGUAUCUGAUGUUGAACGGACAGAGGACAAAAAUGAUUUUGCUUUAUUUGAUGGUAAGAAGGGUGGUUCAAGUGCAAAAAAGAAAUUUAGCAAGAAAAAAGAAUCACUUAAAGCAAAAAUGAUGCGCAUGAAAGGAGUUACUUCAGGAUUCGAUGGAGUAGAAGAUGAUUGGGGUCUUGAUAAUGGCGGUGGAAGUGAUGUUGACUUCUUGAUUGAUGAAUUAGUAAACGAUGAUGUUUCAGACAUGGCAGAAAAUCUAAGCUAGAAUUCUAAAAGACAAAGUGGUUCUGCUAAUCGCUCUAAGAAGCAAUAAAAGAUGGCUUAAAAAAAGUAGAAAGUUGCUUCUCAUCUGUCAUCACAUUAAUUCAUCACUAAAUUAGUUAAAAAGCUUCAUCUACCAAGGUUUUAAAGAAUCAGCUGCCCUUUAAAAAACUUACUCAAAAAUAUUAAUGCAUGCUAUCUGGCUCUGAUAAACAUAUACAAGAAUGAAUUCUCUGAUCUUAAAAAUUCAUUUACACUCAAAUAGUCUUGUGUGGAGUUCAUGUAUGAUCAAUUCAUGAGAGGAUGUGGUAUAAAGAAUAUAGCAGAGAAGAAGUUUGCUUAAACUAUCUCAGCUGUGAUGAAAUUUAAGGAAAAAAUAUUCAGAGUCAAGCUAUUCGGGAAUUUCUUAACCUUAUUUGAUCCAAUGGACAAAGAAAGUUUCAAGUUUUACUUGACAUGCCUUAAUUAUAUUCUUAACAUUAGUACAUUCGGCUAUUUAGUACCUAACACUGACCAAGAUGAGGUUCAUUACGCACCUUAUAUUAGAGUUAAUGAUUUCAUGAGAAAUUACUUUGAAAAUAGAAUUGAGCUGGAUAAAGCUCUUAAUAUACUCAUUAAUGAGCAUUAGGAAAUGCUUCAUAAACAAAAAGGCUAUGUCAUUGAGAUAUUCUUAGCACUUGAUCAUUCACAGCUUGAGAUUAUGGACUUUUAGUCAUUCUAUCUUCUGAUGCUUCAUGUAGAGACUAAGAAAUUCAGCUUUCCCUAAAUAAAGAGCUUUUUUGAGAAAAAUUGCGAAAUAAUUGCUAUAUGUAAUAAAAAACAUCAAUAAUUAAUUUUAGACUCAAAGAAGGAUUCAAAAAAGUAUUUAACAAUUGAGAGUUUUACAGCACUAUGCUGCCAAGAAAAGCUCUUCAGUUUAGAAAAUUAGCAUAGAUUUUGGGGUUUCCCUGAUAAAACUGAGUCAGAUAUUAUCAUUGAAAAGGUACUAAAGUUUAAAGAAAACUUCAAGAAAGAGAUUGAUAAUAUAUUGAAAAGAUUUUACUAUGUUUACUAGUAUUUCAAGGAUCUGAUAGUCAUGAUACAGUUUAUAAUGGAAAAUACUCCUACUACUAAACUUUAAAAAAAGUCUAAACAGAUUUGGACUUUAAUCAGACUGCUAGAAGAGGAAUCUAAAAGAUCAUAUCUUGAUCUUCACGCUUAGAAAUAUAUGGGUCAUCUUGAUGUUUUCACUUUUGUAAAUAUUGGUUGGCUUGCACUAGAAGAGUAAAGAAAUGUCUUUGAAACAUCUUUUCUAAAAUAAGAAAUGAUUAGGAGGCCCUCAGAAAAAUAAGCAGAUUUUACUUUUUCAUAAGUUUCAAAACUAAGACCAACAUUUGAGAAUAAAAUUGCUCUAGAAUCCUCUCCGACCACAAGAAAGAAUUCGGCUAGAAGACAAACUAGACUUUGA